CUGUCAGAAAAAGAAUGACUCUCCAAUUAUAUUCAGAGUCGCGUUCAACAAAAUUAUGGAAUCAAGUGUGUGGAAUAGUUGACGGUUUAGAUGUUCUCCAAGCACGAGAAUUACCUGAAGCGUCGGGAAUGUUCCACCGUCUGACAUCUGUAGGUACAAGAGGCUGCCAGGUCCCAUUUUUUUCUUGUCAUAGAAUUUUUUAACAGGUGAGAUGGAUGCUGCUGUCAUCUUCUUCCCAGAGUUCAUAUAGGCCAGCGGCCCAUUCCUCUGAAACUAUACCAUGGAAGAGUUCACUACUGUGUGCCUCUUAUUACUCAUCCCAUCUUCUGUCUCGUGUUUUCAGUUAUCGUCCUCAACAAUCCAAACUCUGAACAAGGGCGAAUACCUCUCUGUAGAGAACCCGCAAGAUGUUCUGCUUUCACCCAGUGGCGUGUUCUCCGCCGGCUUUCAAUCCGUUGGUGUUAAUGCUUAUUGCUUCGCCGUGUGGUUCACCCGCAACCCCACCCUCGUUUGGACGGCGAAUCGUGACCAACCAGUUAACGGAAAGCGCUCCAAACUUUCUCUUCUCAAAUCUGGAAAUCUUCUCUUGACAGAUGCUGACGAGUUGGACGUUUGGGCCUCCGACACUUCAUCGGCAACCUCUGUUGAGUUGCUUCUCUACGACUCUGGUAAUCUUGUUCUCCGAGAAACCAAGGGUGUCGUUUUAUGGCAGAGCUUUGAUUUCCCUGCCGAUACUCUUCUGCCUCACCAACAACUCACCAGAUUCACCAAGCUGGUCUCCUCAAGGAGUGAGACAAACCAUUCCUCGGGUUUUUAUUCUGUGUUUUUCGACAACGACAACGUCCUCCGUCUUCUCUACGACGGUCCUGAAAUUUCCAGUAUUUAUUGGCCGGAUCCUGGGCGCGUGAGUUGGCAGAAUGGAAGGAGCACUUAUAACGGAAGCAGGAUUGCGGUGCUCGAUUCCUUGGGAAAUUUCAGUUCAUCGGACCAGUUCAGUUUUAUAACUUCCGACUACGGCGCGGUGCUCCAAAGAAUGUUGAAAAUUGAUUCCGACGGUAAUGUUCGAGUUUAUAGCCAGGAAUCUGAAGGACAUGAAUGGUAUGUGUCUUGGCAGGCCAUAUUAACGCCCUGCUCAAUUCAUGGAAUCUGUGGUGCCAAUAGCCUGUGCAGCUAUGAUCCUGGUGGUUCUGGAAGGAAAUGCUCUUGUCUUCCAGGUUUUCGACGCAGGAAUUCUAGCGAUUGGUCCCUGGGGUGUGAACCAAAACAUAAUUUCUCUUGCAACCCAAGUGCGUCUUACUUUGUACGUCUUCCCCAUGUUGAUUUCUACGGCUCUGAUCGUCAAUUUACCUCAAAUUCCACCUUGGAGGAUUGUAUGAACUUGAAUUUGCAAUCCUGUGAUUACAAGGCCUUCCAGUAUAAAUUUAGUGAGGAUCGCGGCUAUUUUAACUGUUUCCCAAAGACCUUCUUGAUCAAUGGGUAUGUUUCACCCGAUUUCCAAGCGGGAGUCUACUUGAGACUGCCUAGAGGCAAGCCAUUCUCUAUGCAAGAAUCCCUUCAAGAAUCAAGUGCCGAGUGUUCAAACAAAACAAUAACAAUUGAAAGAGGGUAUGUAAAAGCCCAUGAAAAUAGAAAUUUGAAGCUAAUGGCUUGGUUUGCUUAUAAUAUAGGAGGGUUUGAGAUCCUUUGUAUCCUUUGCGUGUGGUGUUUCUUGAUGAGAGACCGAAGAAGAUCACAGGCCAAUGAAUGCGCACAAAGCUACCUUCCCAUAGGCUCUGGGCUCAAGAAAUAUAGUUACACUGAGCUUAAAAAGGCGACCAAAGGUUUUUGUCAGGAGAUUGGAAGAGGAUCAGGUGGGAUUGUAUACAGGGGUGAAUUGUCAGAUAAUAGAGUUGUGGCAAUCAAGAAACUGAGUGAAGCUAGUCAAGGGGAAGAAGAAUUUUAUGCUGAAGUAAGCAACAUUGGAAUGCUUAAUCACAUGAACUUGAUUAAAAUGUGGGGAUACUGCUCAGAGGGGAAGCACAGGCUAUUGGUAUAUGAGUUCAUGGAGAAUGGUUCUUUAGCUAAAAACCUAGAGUCAAAAUCUCACGCUCUAGAUUUUAGGACAAGUUUCCACAUUGCCCUAGGUGUAGCAAGAGGUCUAGCGUAUUUGCAUGAGGAAUGCUUGGAGUGGAUUCUGCACUGUGAUGUAAAGCCUCAAAACAUACUUUUAGAUUCUGAUUAUCAACCGAAGGUAGCAGAUUUUGGGCUAUCCAAGCUACUUAAGCGAGAUGAUUCUGACAAUUCAAAGUUCUCAAGAAUAAGGGGCACAAGAGGUUAUAUGGCUCCUGAGUGGGUUUUCAAUAUGCCUAUUACCUCUAAAGUAGAUGUUUAUAGCUAUGGAAUUGUGGUGUUGGAGAUUAUGACUGGGAAGAAUCCGAUGAAGGGUGGUGACCAAGACAUGAAUGGCAGUGGAAGAGAAGGAAGGCAACAUGGGUUGGUGGGAUGGGUGAGGGAGAAAAAGAGCAAAGCAUCCUCAAAAGCUUCUUGGUUACAGCAAAUAAUGCACCCCAUGAUAUGUGGUCAUUUGGAGACAAAAAAGAUGGAAAUUUUGAUGGAAGUGGCUUUACAAUGUGUAGAAGAAGACAGAGAUGCAAGGCCUACCAUGAGGCAAGUCGUUGAGAUGCUACAAGGUUCGUGUAAUUGAUUCUUGGCUUCUUGCCACUUUAUUGAGAACCAUUGGUUCUCCUUUCUGUGCCUUUAUGGUCCCUCGUGUAUGGAUGAACUUGUGAAGAUGGUGCUUAUCAGACUUUGUAGGUGGCGGGUUGUCGAAGAUGGCUCUCCUUUGAUGUUCAUAGAUCUUCAUCCUCUCAGUUACACUUUGCUUCUGCUAGAGUUCACGCUAAUGGGCUAUCUAUUGUUGCUUUCUUUGUGGUUUGAUGGUUCCUUGCUUGUUGUGGCCCAAUCUAAGGGGUUUUGCGGGUAUCACCUGUGAGACACAUUUUGUAUGCUUAAUUGCAUGACUACAUAUCCUGGGACUCAAAUACAAAACCUCAAAUUAAGCUGUUUAAGCCCUAACCACUUAGACAAGCACCUAUUCGUUAUUGUGUUGCACUUUUAAAUAUGUAAAACUUUUAGUAAUGAAUAAAUUUGACUUUUUCUCUAAAAAAAAGGUUUGAUUCUAUGGGUCUCUUUGUUUUCUUGGUCAACCAAGUCAUGCAAGCUAGCCUUUGAUUGACACGUAUUAUGAAUCUUGCAGUCAUAAUCGCACAUUUAAGGACCAGCUUGUAAGCACAUCACAGAGACGUAUUACUGUUUUGAUGUAAUCAGUUCUUACCAAUCCUCUUAGGUUGGUUUAAGCUGUGUCUGUUGUAAAUAAUAACGCCGAGAAAUCCUUCCUAUGAUAUCCAUAAAUAACAAUGGGUGUUAGUUCGCAUUC